AGAGGCAGAAAGGGUGUGUUCUUCCUUCACUGCAGCAUCCAUGAGGGGUUCAUCCAUUGGGUGGCAUGAACAGAGAGAAAGGCAGAGAAGAAACACAAAAUAAGGCGUGUCACCAUACUGAACGACAGAGAGGAACUGGAUUCUGCCCAAGACCUUCACAAGAUCUGCAAAGCGUUCCAGUGGUGUGUGCGUGUUAAUGUACGAGAGAGCGGCGGCUGCUGGUGUCAUACACAAUGUCUCCGGUGCACCGUCAGCCGUUUCUUCAUCUGCCGCUCCUCUUUCUCUUUGUGGGACGGAUAGUCGCUUACAUCCAAAUUCCUCCUGACUACAAAUAUAAUGACCUCAAACAACCUCCAAAGAUCACAAGCCAGCCGGUGUCCCACACAGCUUUCUCUCUGGAUGAUAUCAAUCUGAACUGUGAAGCCAGCGGAAACCCCAAACCCAAAUUUCGAUGGGUUAAAGAUGGGAGACAGUUCGGUGAGGAUCUGCAGGACUCUGGAACCCUGACGGCAAACAGGACAGAGGAGCUCAGCUUCUAUCAGGGAACAUAUCGCUGCCACGCGAAAAAUGAUCUGGGAACAGCCGUCUCUAACCUGGUGCACCUGAUAACAGAGUCGGUGCCAACCUUGGCCAAAGAGAAGGGUCAGAAAAAGUUGCAGUUUGAGGAGGGAGCGAGCACGAUGCUUGCCUGCAAUCCGCCAAAGAGCUCCAUCACUCCGAAAAUACACUGGAUGGACAAACACUGGCGUCACAUUCUCCUGAGCGAGCGUGUAACUACGGCACUGGAUGGAAACCUGUACUUCGCCAACUUACUGCUCACUGACAGCAGAGACGACUACACCUGCAAUGCUCACUACAUUAACGCCAGCAUUAUCCUGCCUAAAGAACCCAUAGCCUUCACUGUCAUGCAGUCAAACUCAGUGGUGGAAAAUCGUGGGCCGCAGAUGAAGCAGCCAGCGGGAGGUCAUAUUUCUUACCUGAUCCUCAAAGGUCAAACUCUGACGCUGGAGUGCAUCCCUGAUGGACUGCCGACACCAUCCGUGCACUGGGAGCGAAAGGAUGGCCCUCUCUCUCCCACACGAGCCAAGCUACUGAACUUCAACCGCUGGCUUCAGAUUGAGAACGUGUCCGAGGCGGAUGACGGCGAGUAUGCCUGCACUGCCAGAAACAGUCAGGGCUCCGUCACGCAUUACUACACUGUGACAGUAGAGGCUGCUCCAUACUGGACCAAGAAACCAGAGGAUCGCCUGUACGCCCCUGGAGAGACCAUACGACUGGACUGUCAGGCGGAGGGCGUCCCCACACCAAACAUCACCUGGAGGAUCAACGGUGACCCUUACACAGAUUUGCCUCAGAGGCGGCGUGUAAGUUCUGGUACUCUGAUUCUGAAUGACGCUCAGUACAACGAUACAGCCGUGUACCAGUGUGAAGCCACCAACAAACACGGCCACAUCCUCAUCAACACACACGUCUAUGUCGUCGAGCUUCCUCCUCAGAUCCUGACAGUGGAUGAGUGGGUGUACAAGAAAAUGGCGGGAACCACCGCUGAACUUGAGUGCAGAACAUUUGGUUCCCCGAGGCCCAAGGUGGACUGGAAGAAUUCAGACUCAAGUCUGGCUCUGUCUAAUCCUAAAAUGUCCCAGAUGAUCAAUGGAAAUCUGAAGAUCAGUAAUGUGAGUGAAGAAGAGUCUGGUGUUUACAACUGCUCAGUGAGAGACAGUAAACUGACCAUCAGGGCUGAGCUGCGAGUAUUCAACUUAACAAAAAUCGUGGCUCCUCCCCAGGACCUGCAGGUUAUUCGUGGAAUGGACGCUCUUAUACAGUGCAAAUACAGUUGGGACAAGCGGUUAAAAUCUCCCGCAAUUCAGUGGAAGAAGGACGGACAUAAGAUCUCGGCAUCUGCCAACCAUGACAAGUACAGUCAAGAUGAUGUAGAGGGCUCUCUGAAGGUGACGGACGUUCAGAUGGAUGAUUCAGGUGUCUACAGCUGUGAGAUCAGCACUGAAUGGCAUUCUGUCAAUGCCAACAGCUCCAUCACAGUGCAGGAUAAACCAGAUGCUCCUGCCUCAGUGGUGAUGUUGGAGAAGAAGCAGCGUAGCGUCACUCUCUCGUGGACGGCAGGAAAUGAAAACAACAGUCCUGUUUCAGAGUUUGUCAUAGAGAUGAUGGAGGACGAGAAUGCAGCCGAAGGCACGUGGAAGGAGUACGAGAGAGUUUCUCAAGACGUCAAACACCUCGAGAUUCAUCUGCAGCCGUACUGCAAGUAUAGCUUCCGGGUGCGAGCUGUUAAUGCCAUAGGAACCAGCGACGGCAGUCUACCCUCAGAACCCUACAGCACUCCCGCUGCUGAGCCCGACGUGAAUCCCAAGAACGUGACGAGUGUAUCCACAGAUCCGAACAGCAUGAUCAUCACGUGGAAGAAACUGGAGCGGCGGCAGUUCAACGGGCCCGGAUUCAAAUACAAGGUGUCUUGGCGAAAAGCUUCAGGCAUGGGUCCCCACUGGAAGGAGAGCUUCGUCUCCGGCCCUCCCUUCGUAGUGAACGACACAGGCACCUUCGUUCCCUUUGAGAUCAAAGUUGAGGCAGUCAACGACAUCGGCGAAGGACCCGAACCGGUGGCAAAGCUCGGCCACUCGGGAGAAGACACACCUCUGGAUGCUCCGUCUGUGGUGAUGGUAGAACUGGCAUCAAACAAAAGUGGCACCAUCAGAGUGAGAUGGAGUCCGGUCAGCAGGGAAUCUGUGCGGGGACACUUGCUGGGCUACAAGAUCCAUCUGAGAAGAAAGCAUCCCAGAAGUCACGUCCACAGAUGGCUUGAAAAGCGUUCGCUUCUGUCGAAGAGCAGAGAGCAUGACAGAGACGACAACAGGAGAGUGGUGAAGGUUUAUGGAAAUAAAGUGGAGGAGGUUGUGAGCGGCCUGCACUUCUACACUAACUAUACUCUGACAGUGGCGGCAUUCAACAGCAAAGGCGAGGGACCGCACUCAGAGCCGCAUCACUUCAGCACGCCAGAGGGAGCUCCUGGACCACCUUCCCAUCUGACCUUUGACAGUCCGUCUGAGACAGAGAUCACCCUAAACUGGGAAGCUCCUCACAAACCCAAUGGAGUGCUGACAAAUUACCUGCUCCGGUACCAUGAGAUUGUGGAUGAAAAUUCAAAUGUAAAGCCGGAGGAGUCCAUCAUCUAUCUGCCCGUUGUUACUGAAUAUAGAGUGGGCCGUCUCAAUCCACAGAGUCGCUAUCGGUUUUACCUGAGGGCUCAGAACAGUGCUGGUGCUGGAGAAUUCAUAAAGAAAGAGGGUGAAACCAUGCUGGAUGGAGAACCCCCAUCUAUACUCUACAUAUUGACUGGUGUGAAGACCGUCAACCUCAGCUGGGUGCCCGGAGACAGACAACGAAACGUCGCCUUUAGCUUCCGUUACCAGAGAAACAUGAGCGGAAGUGAGUGGGAGGAGUCAGAGCAGGUGAACUCCAGCACGGCGUUUUUUCAGCUCCAGGGUCUUCAGCCGGAAACUUCAUAUCACCUUCAGAUCCAAUCUGGAAACACUACACAUGAAUGGACAUUUCAGACUAUCAAACCAGUGAUGGGGGAAGUGGCCAGUGGUUUUGCGACUCAAGCCUGGUUCAUUGGACUCAUCUCAGCCGUGGUUCUCCUUCUGCUGGUUCUCCUUAUUCUGUGUUUCAUCAAGAGGAGCAAAGGAGGAAAGUAUUCAGUGAAAGAGAAAGAAGAAUGUCAGGCCGAGCCCGGAGCUCGCACAAUGAAGGACGAUGCAUUUGGAGAGUACAGGUCUCUGGAGAGUGAUAAUGAGGACAAGCGCUCCAUCAUUCAGCCGUCCAUCUGCGAGAGCAAGCACAGCAGUAAUGACAGUCUAGCUGACUACGGAGACAGUGUUGACAUCCAGUUCAAUGAGGACGGCUCGUUUAUCGGCCAGUACAGCGGACGAAGAGAUCCCCAGAGCCGCGGGGGGCACGAAAGCUCGGGCGCCACGUCUCCGAUGAACCCCAACAUGCCGCCGCCCAGCAUGAGUUUCCCCAACUCUGUUACAGGCAUCCUGGGGCCGAAUUGAGGCCGCAGGCCCCGACAGACUGAUACGAGGACCAUCCCAUGCUACACGACACUGCCCCGAUGGUAUUAGAAAGGAUAUUGAUGAUUCCAGAACGUACAGCCACUAUCACAUGUCCGCAGACAUGCUACACCGCUCACACACACACGGAUAGCAUCUGCCAAACAUUCCACACCCAUGUCCAUGCCAUUCCCCGAAAAACUGUUUACGCUUUCUCCGAGUUUACAACGGGUCGCUUAUUUCACUGAAUUCUGUCGCUCAGCUUCUGUAGAACGAGGUUAGAAAGCCACAGACGGCAGAACAGAUCUGGGCUUCGUUCAUGACACAAAUCUUUGUAGCGGGUAAUGAAAUGGGAUCCAUUUUUCUCAACUCCAGUUCUCUGAAUAUUUUAGAUGUCUCUCUCAAUGAAACACUUCCUUUCGGAAUGUUAGUUAGGCUCCCUAUUUAACUCACUAACAAGCUUUCAUACAGACAGACAUCUAGAGCCUUCUGGUGGGGGGGGACUGGAAUUGAGAAACUCUGGUAAAGUUGUCGUCAUUGGUUGCUUUAGCAAUGGAAGCUGUACGUGCCUGCUGUUCAUUGUCGUUUCACCAUAUCAGAUAAGACAAACCGCUCGCGCCUUAGCUAUUUAUCGCCACGUCGCAUUGAUUAUGUAGAGAGUAAGCGAGUCGAUGGAAAUCCUUGCACUACUUUGUAUGGCUACUUUAUGUAAAGGUCAAGUGGCAAAUGAGGAAAAACGACAUAAAGAACUCAACCAGACAAUUCAGGCUAGCAUCCCAAAAUCCCAUUUCAAAUCCGGCGGGUGUUUGAUUGUUAAUACUGCAACUAGACUUGAGUAUGCCAAACAUGCCAUUCUCCUGCCUGUCUGAACAAUGCCUUGCUAUGGAAGAAAUCAGGUCAUAUCGCUGUACAGUGACACGAUAAACCGUUGUCUUAAUGGCUGAAAAUAGCAAGUCCUUUCAUUAUGAUUUGAUCCCAUUGUCCUCUGUAGCAUUGUUUUGUCUGAUUUGAAUUUAUUUUUUUAAAUGAAACACAUCUAAUAUAUUUUGCUGUAGAAUUGAGUUCGAUUUUAUCUUGAUGUCUCAUUUUAUUUUGCUUUUUGAUACAUUAUAUGUGUACGCCGUUAUGAUUCUUCUAGUUAUGUCAGAGGAAUCAAAGAUCAGGAUGAACCACACAUCAUUUGUAUUGUUGUAUUGUAAAUGUGUCAUUUUUUUAUAAGUACGGUGUUUUUUGGUGAUAUGUCAAAGCCUGUGGAACUGCACAGUUACACUGAAGCCAAACAUCAUGGUGAUUUGACAGAAGGCCAUUUGGUGCAGUAACUAACAGCAUGAGAUAUGCCUCUUGUGAAAACUCGCUGGUUGUGGCUUAAAGCCUGUCGUAUUGCCUUACAGAAGUCCUGCGCUUGCAAAUAAUAAUAAUAAUAUCAUUCAUUCGGUGCGAUUAUGCAAAUUUAUUACUAACAACCUGUAAUAGUUGAAAUAUAUUCGAUGUCCUCUUUGUCUUAUAUCAUCACUUGUUCUUUCUCGUGUCUGUAUGUAAUGAAUGAAGAUCUGAGUUGAAUAUAAUGCGUGAAUAUAAGUCCAAAUGAACAAACUGAAUGCGUCUCAUAUUCUGAAUGUAAGUAAUCAUUAGCUAUUAUCUUUUGGUAUUUGCUUAGUUUUCACAUGACUAUAAUAUUUAUAUCAUAUCCAUGCUCAUAGAGAAUAGUCUUAGUGCUUUAGAGCAUUUUUGUUUCCUAUUAUCUCGCUUAGUCUGACCGUUAGAUUAGAAAUCAUUAGAAACCGGUCAGGAGAACAAAGCAAGUUUUUCUUGAUUGGGAAGCGCAGUGGUGAUGUCAUCAGGAGCAGAAUGACAGUUGUGUGUGAACAUGAUCCACUGGUCCUCUCUUACGAACGCCAGGUGAAACUGUACCGAUGAAGGUCAUGCUGAAAAACUGCUGUUGGGAUUCGACCUGUUUAUCUUGAAAUUCUGUGAAUGCAAACACAGCAGAUCUGAUGAUGGCUUUGUUAGUACAAGCGAAACCACCCAGUGAUGCUCCUGUCAGUCACCGUCCUUCCCCGCCUCCCCCUGAUAUCGUAUGGAACUUUUUCUUACCUCUGCCUGCAUUUUUGUUUUUGAUAAAAACACUGAAAAGACAAUAAAGAGUGAUAUUUUAAAACAAUAACACAGCCUCUAUGAGCAACAGUGUGACGAGAGAUGAUGGCUUAUGUACAGAAAUAAGGUUUCGAAGUCAGUAAGCAUUGCCUCUUUACUAUCUGCUUCUUGAAUCAUGUGCUGUAUCUAACACAAUGGAAUAAAAUGACAUGGAUUACGCAGAAGAUAAUGUGUCCUUUUCACUUCAUAAAAUACUCUGUAUUUCACCUGACUGAAUAAAAUGC